AUGUCCGCGCAGCGUGUCGCCGAAGAGGUGGAUCACCCCCCAACUGACGCCGGCAUGGGGGUAGAUGUUUUGGAAUCGGGUGACACCACACCUCCUACAAAGAGGAAAAGCAAGUUCUCAAGCUUUGGCAAGAUCUUCAAACCCUGGAAGUGGAGGAAAAAGAAAAGCAGUGACAAAUUUAAGGAGACUUCAGAAGUUUUAGAACGAAAGAUUUCUAUGCGAAAGCCAAGAGAGGAGCUGGUUAAAAGAGGGGUUCUGUUGGAAGACCCUGAGCAGGAUGGCGAAGAACCAGAGAAGCUGAACCCACCGGCACUGAAGAAUGGCCACACAGUCCCAGUCGGUGGGCCUGGUGUUUGUAACCUGGCCAGCCAGGAAGACGAGGCCACAAAGCCGUCCAGCCUUAGGAAGCCGGUUCCAGCUGAGGAACCCAAGAAAAGGCAGGGCUCCUCCAGCAGCCACCCUGGGCACGAACUGGAACCACCUCAGGAGCCGUAUGUUCCCAGGCAGCCUCUGCUUCCUCCAAAAAGACCUCCCUCCACUUCCCAGGAGGCAAACGAAGCGCAGGUGAAGGAUCCAACGCCUGCCAGCAGCACUGCAAAAACUGUGCCCUCCACCACAGCCCCUGUUGCGGCAAAGACACUCAAUCCCACCACUGCCCCUUCCCCAGCCCCCAGGACUCUGCCCCCUGCUCUUGUCGGUGCCAACACUACUGCUCCUACGAGUACAACCAGCACAGCUCCUGCCAAACAGCCUCCCGUCCCUCCUCCCAAACCUGUCAACAGAAAUAGCAACUCAGUAAUAGCUGAACUUUCUCAAGCAAUGAACAGUGGUACAGGCUUGUCCAAGCCAUCCCCUCCUCUCCCACCGAAGAGAGGCGUCCUGCCUAACAACACAUCGGAGGCAGCGAUCGCUUCCAAGCCCCCGAACGACAGGACAGUGACUGCUAACCGCCCCACGCUGAUACCGACGCACAUGACCUCUGCUUACCCACCGCCCUCGCCUUCGCCGCCGCUGCCCACGCACGUACCCCCUGAACCUCCGCGCAUGCCCUUCCCUGCCUCCACCCCGGUCUUGGACCCUCCGCGCUCCCUGGACCUACCUAAAGAGACUCCUCCUCCUCCCGAAGACUUCAGGUCUUUGGAAGGGUUGAAGAGGACGACAGAGCAAGGGUUUGGCGACCCUCACAUGCUGCCUCGCCUGCCCCAAGUCCCGCUGCACAUCCGCAUCCAGCAGGCCCUGGCCAGUCCUCUGCCUGUCACCCCGCCUGCCGAGGGCUCGCACCGGGCUCACUCGCUGCUCUUCGAGAAUGAUGGCUUUGGAGAAGACAGUGGCACCCUGGGCAGGACGAGGUCCCUGCCUGUCACCAUCGAGAUGCUGAAAGUUCCAGACGAUGAGGAAGAGGAAGAAGAUGAGCAGGAAGAGGAGCAGAACGCGGGCCCUCGUGUGUAUAUUGGAGAUGUGCCAUCUGUCACUGUCAUCCCGAAACUGGUACCCCAGGUCCUGCCAGAGGAGCAGGAAGGAGAGGAAGGGAUGAGCGACUCUGACUCGGAGGGGCCCAUCCUCUACAAAGAUGACGAGGAUGAGGAAGAAGAUGAAAGCCAUAACAGCACGCUGGCUAACAAAGUGAAGAGGAAAGACACGCUAGCUAUAAAGCUGGGGAACACAAUCACGCUGCAGGAGGAGAAGAUUGUCUUCCCUCGGAAGAAAAAAAAAACGUCACCAGAUGGGGACAACUCUGAUCAG